AUGAGUUCUCUUCCAGACUUGGCUACGGCCACACGAACUACUCCUUCAUCUGCAAGUCCUAGCACAUCUGCAUCUUCUGCCAGAGCAACCGGCUCAAACUCAGCCUCAACAACAGGCCAAACAAAGUCGCUCUCUCAAGCAGCCACCAUCACCGGAUCAGGGACAACAGGUCAAGCAUCAGGAGCUGCAAGCAUCACAGGCUCUGCUGUUACGACUGGCGGAGCUCUCACCGGUCUGCCCAAACUUUCAGGUGCAAUCCAACCUGUUACUGCUUCAGUCCCUCCAACAGCAAACGCACCCUUCAUGAAACAAAGCGCCCUACCAGAUGGAACCGUCUUCAUCGUCGUAGGAGCCAUCCUCGGCUUCAUGGCCAUCAGCGUCCUCCUCUGGCGCGGUCUCGUCGCCUGGUCCCUCCACCGCUCCGUCAAACGCGCCGCCCAACACCAAAACAUGGCCGACACCAAAGCCCUCUUCCGCACGCCCGCCCCUCCAGCCCCCUUCUACAAAUACUCCGACCGCGACUCCACCAUCUCCCUCUCCGGCCUCGGCCACAACAAAGGCGGUAAGAAAGGCGCCCGCCCAACCACCGCCACAGGCGGCGCCAGCACAAGCAGUCUCUUCUUCUCCCCCACCGCUGGAGCCGCUGGCGCUGGGCUCGCCAACCCCGGAAACCGAGGGAGCAACUACCUCCCAGCAGGCUACUACGCCUCCGGCGCCGCAUCCGCUGCAAACGGCCAGUCGCAAGUCAAUCUCGGUCACCAGCCUGCCAUAUCCCUCUCCAAUCUCGGCCCGCAGUCUCAGGGCUACAGCCGCGCGAGGAGUAUGGGUCCUUCGCCUCCGGAUAGCCCGUUCAUUGCGGGCCAGCAGAGCAGUAACCAUAUGGCUAGUUCGAGCACGCUGAAUCUUAAUCAGGGGUAUGGUGGGAAUGAGAGGGCGCCGAGUGCGUAUUUGGAGGAUUUGUUUGAUGGGGAGAAUGCGCCGCCUGUUCCUGGGCAGGGUCAAGGGCAUGGACAUGGGCAUGGGAGGGGGAAUGAGGCGAGUCCGGGGAGGUAUUAA